CCUGUGAGUUCCUGUCUCCCUCUGCAGGCAGGGAAGGUCCGUAAGCACGUCUCAGAGCAGGAGAAGACAGAGGAAGGUCUGGGGCCCAACAUUAAGAGUAUCGUCACCAUGUUGAUGUUGAUGCUGCUGAUGAUGUUCGCUGUCCACUGCACCUGGGUUACUAGUAACGCCUACUCCAGUCCUAGUGUGGUGCUGGCCUCUUAUAACAACGAUGGGUCGAGGAAUAUUCUAGAUGAUUUCCGCGAGGCCUACUAUUGGCUAAGGCAGAACACAGAGGAGCAGGCCAGAGUGAUGUCGUGGUGGGACUAUGGCUAUCAGAUAGCAGGGAUGGCCAAUCGGACCACGCUAGUGGACAACAACACCUGGAACAACAGUCAUAUAGCACUGGUAAAGACUCAUACCCUCAUGUGA